ACCCUUUGCUUCCAGUACGUAAAACUCUCACCUCUUCAUCACAUUUUCUUCCCACUCCCCCACAACGCUCACCCAUUCGUCUGUUCACCCCCAUUAACUCGGCUUUUUUUUUCUUUCCUCCUCCAAGUCCCCCGAACCCCCCUCACCCUCGGCCCCUCCCCAAUCCACCCCCUCCCCCGCCUCUCCUCCCAUCUCGGGGGCAAAGUAAACAUAUACGCCAAACGCGAAGACCUCAACUCUGCCCUCGCCUUUGGCGGGAACAAGACCCGCAAACUGGAGUACCUCCUCCCCGAAGCCCUCUCCCAAGGCUGCGACACCCUCAUCUCCAUCGGCGGCAUCCAAUCCAACCACACCCGCCAAGUCACCGCCGCCGCCGCCUCCCUCGGCUUGAACGUCUCCCUCAUCCAAGAAGACUGGGUCCCCGGAUGGGAAGAUGCGUCGUAUGAAAAAGUCGGGAAUAUACAACUGUCCCGUCUGAUGGGCGCAGAUGUCCACGUGAUAAAAACAGAGAAUUUCGGGAUUGGGCACAAGGAGAGCCUGAAAAAAUUGAGGAGGAGGCUGGAGGGGGAGGGGAGGAGGGUGUACUACAUCCCGGCGGGGGCGUCUGACCACCCCCUGGGGGGGUUAGGUUUUGCGAGGUGGGUUUGGGAGCUGGAACAGCAGGAAAGGGAGAUGGGGGUGUGGUUUGGGACGUUGGUGGUUUGUGCUGUGACUGGGAGUACACUGGCGGGGGUGAUUGCGGGGGUUAAGCAUCAGGAGUUGAAAGGGGGAGGGAGAAAGAGGAGGGUGGUUGGGAUUGAUGCGAGUGCUAGGCCUAAGGAGACGUUUGAGCAGGUGUUGCGGAUAGCGAGGCAGACGGGGGUGAAACUGGGGCUGGAGGAGGGGGAUAUUAACGAGGGGGAUGUGACACUGGAUGAGAGGUUUCAUGGGGGGGUUUAUGGUGUUCCGGACGGGAAGACGGUGGAGGCGAUCAAGCUUGGGGCCGGGCUGGAGGGGUUUAUCACUGAUCCUGUUUAUGAGGGGAAGAGUUUGGCGGGUUUGGUUGGGAUGGUGAAGGGGGGGGAGAUACGAGAGGGGGAGAAUGUGUUGUUUGCGCAUUUGGGGGGUCAGGUUGCGUUGAGUGCUUAUGGGGAUAUGGUUUAG